AUGCCAGCCCAACAGAAGAAAGUUGUUUUCUGCAUAGCUGGUGUGUUCAGUUUUGCUUGUGCUCUGGCCAUUGCAGCAGCUAUAGGAACUCAGCUAUGGAUCCAAGGAAAAAUUAUUUGCAAAACUGGAGCAUUGCUGGUUAAUGCUACUGGCCAGGAGUUAGAUAAGUUUAUUGGUGAAAUUCAGUAUGGACUAUUCUAUGGGGAGAAGGUUAGACAAUGUGGCCUUGGAGGGAGACCUUUUCAGUUUUCAUUUUUUCCAGAAUUAUUCAAAAUUAUGCCUGCAAGUAUCCAUGUAAGUGUCAUCCUCUUUUGCUUGGCAUUGUUCGUCUUUGCACUGAUUGCCACUGGCUUCUUCAUGUACAAUGCGUUUGGCACUCCUUAUGAAACCUUACAUGGUCCAUUAGGACUCUAUCUGUGGAGCUUCGUUUCAGUUACUUGUGGCUUUCUUAUUUUGAUACUGUUUUCUUCAGAAGUGAAAAUCCACCACCUCUCUGAGAAAAUAGCUAAUUAUAAAGAAGGAAGUUUUAUUUUUAAAACGCACAGUGAGCAGUUUGCAAAGUCCUUCUGGAUCAUCCUGGUGUGCUCAUUGGUACACUUUAUGAACAUUUUGCUUAUACGCCUGGCUGGAUUUGCGUUUCCUUUUUCAAAAUCAAAAAAUUCUGAGGCACCAAAUGGAGCGAUGGAUAUAAUGUACUAAACAUACUUUAAAUCUUGAUUUAUGCAAAUAAUUCAUCUUGUCUUUUUUUCCAAAAGAUGCAAAGAAUACACAUAUUUAAAAGGUUGGUUUUUAUAAGUGUAUUUUAAGGCAGAAACAUACACAGGUUACCAGCAAACAGAACGUAGUAAGAGCUUUAUUCAGUAACAUUAUUUUCAUUAGAUUAUCAUUUUUCAUCACAGCAAUACAAAAAGAAUGUGAAACAGAACACCUGCAGCAAUCCAUAACAGAACCUGUUUAUUUCCUAUUUAUAAAAUUGUGUUGAAUAGUGUUUGUUCAGAAGUAUUGUCAGUUCCUACUUUGAAAUAUAUUUGAAAUAUGUGCAGCUAACUCAGUUUUCAUUUCAAAGAAAUAAGGGCUCAAGAAUUAAAAUUUAAAACAUGCAGCAAGUCAUACAGAUUAAAAAAUUGAUCUAAUGAAAUUGUUAGAGAUGAAAAAGUGUGUGCAAAAUCAAGUAUGAAUCAACAUUUCUAAUAGAAAUGAAAAGUGCCAAUUUGAAAUCAGACAUUAUAAUUGGCAUCCAGUAUUUUCAAUUCACCUCAAAGGAAUUUUUCACAAAAGGAGAGUUUACUCAUCUGUCGGUCUCAAGCAGCUUCUGUUCAUUGACUACAUCUAUUGUGUGCCAUCUUGUAUUAUUUCUAUUCUACAGGAAAGCAUUUCUGUUAGAAAUUAAUGUUCUAUAAUUAAUUCCUAACUGAAAUGUCUUUUUAUGAACUACCAAAGAUGUUUGUACCUUCUGUUUAAUGUCAUAUUUGAGAGCGCUUGGCCCAUAUGUAGUAAACUAUGCAUACAGAAAAGUUGUAAUAUUUUUCUUUCCUUAUUAAAAUAUGUAUUUUAGUUUCCACCGUUAUCCUUUAGUUUGGGAUCUGAUCUUUCUCGUAUAGAAUUUUAUGCUUCAUAAAUAAAUCUCUUAUACUUCCCCUAUACUUCAAAUAAUUGUCAGUAGAAAA